UAUGUUGUCGAUUUCAGCGUGAUGACGUCUUUGGUUUGCGUACAGCCGGUGCGCAAGUCCUUCUGGGUAAACUGUUAUGUGUGUCCUGCACGUUGACAUUGUGCUAGUGAGCUGACAGAAGAACUUGUCACACACAGUGCAGGAUGGGAGCCUCUCUGUCCACACCUGCUGCUCCUUCAGUCAGGGCAGAGGCCAUGAUGGCCAGCCCCCCUCCGGGAUGCCCCAUGCACCAGGAAGCCCAGCCUGUCAAAGUGUCUCCACCUCCAGAGUGCCCCAUGCAUCAAGCUCAGCCUGUGAAAGCGUCUCCUCCGCCAGAGUGUCCGAUGCACCGUGCAGAACCAGGUCCAGCUCACCAGGAACGGGCCUAUGAGUUUGUGGAGUGUCCCAUGAAGGUGGCAGAAGGCAUGAAGAGUGACAUCGACCCAUCAAAUAUGAUGCCUCCCCCAAACCAGAAACCAGCUCCAGACCAGCCCUUUGAACUCCCCGUGGCCAGACAGGAGUCCUCUAUUCCCCGCCACGACACAGACAAGAAGUGGGUGUACCCAUCGGAGCAGAUGUUCUGGAACGCCAUGCUGCGGAAAGGGUGGCGGUGGCGUGAAGAUGACCUCGAAGCUCAAGAUAUGACCAACAUCAUUAAAAUCCACAACCAGAACAACGAGCAGGCCUGGCAGGAGAUCCUGAAAUGGGAGGCCCUACAUGCAGGUGAGUGUCCAUGUGGGCCUACCUUGAAGAGGUUUGGGGGAAAAGCCAAGGAGUUCUCGCCCAGGGCUCGUCUCCGCCACUGGAUGGGCUACGAGCUGCCAUUUGACCGCCACGACUGGAUCAUUGACCGCUGCGGGAGGGAGGUGCGCUACGUCAUUGACUACUACGACGGCGAGAUCAACAAGGAGAACUACCAGUUCUCCAUCCUGGAUGUACGCCCCGCCUACGACUCUUUAGGCGCCGUCUGGGACCGAAUGAAGGUGGCCUGGUGGCGCUGGACCUCCUAACGGACACACACACACACACACACACACACACACACACACACACACACACAC